UUAGAGCUCAUCAUGUGGAAUAUUUUGAAUCACCAUAUCACCGGUGCAGAAGUUAACAUUAACAUCACGAUAGAAUGCAGACACUUUUCUCUCUAUAUCCAAGAGUGAUGGUGAGUCAUGUUGGGUACAAAGCAGAGAAACAAGAUCAGCUCAGCCCUACAAACCAUGCUUGUGCAGGUGCCGCCAGUGGAGCAGUCGCUCGGGCUGUUUUACAACCCCUUGAUGUUCUCAAAAUUAGGUUCCAACUACAGGUUGAGCCUAUAGCAAAAAGAGGAGGAGGUUUAUAUCAAGGAUUGCUGCAAAGCACAUAUACAAUAGCAAGGACUGAGGGACUCUCUGCCCUCUGGAAGGGACAUAUUGCAGCCCAGGCUCUGAGUGUCACAUUUGGCAUGGCUCAGUUUUGGAGUUACUCUUUGUUGACUAAAGCAGCAAGUGAGCAUGGUGCAGGUGAAGGGCAUCUUUCUCAUGGUGUGUGUGGAGCCCUGGCAGGACUGUUUGCUACAAUCACAUCUUUCCCUUUUGAUACAGUACGAACAAGACUAAUUGCACAAGGUUGCCCAAAGCAUUAUACUGGAAUGAAGAAUGCCGUGAUAAAGAUGGUGAAUCAAGAAGGAACAAAGAGCCUAUGGAAGGGCUUACUGCCAACUCUGGUCAUGAGUGCUCCUUAUUCAGGACUCACAUUUUACUUCUAUAGCGCCUAUCAAGCAUUAAUGAUGAAAUGGUUCCUGAAAGGGAAAGAGAAUGAGUGGCUGAGCACUUCAGCAGUGACUGGUUUAGUUGCUGGGGCAUGUGCAAAGGUGUGCGUGUAUCCUUUAGAUGUGCUCAAGAAGAGGCUCCAGAUACGAGGCUUUGAAGAAGCUCGUAAACAGUUUGGGAAGGUUGUUGUGUACAAAAGUCCAUGGAGUUGUGUGCUUCAGGUCACGAGACAAGAAGGAGUCUUGGCUUGGUACAAAGGGCUCUGGCCAGCCAUGAUAAAAAGUGGACUCACAUCAGGGGUCAUAUUUUUAACUUUUGAAAGCAUAUGUCAGUUGCUUUCACAUUUACAGAACAAGAAAGGGGAUAGACCCAUUGAAUAGUAUUUAUAAAGACAUUCUGUGAUAUUUAGCCCAUAAUAAUUGUCUAAUUAUGUUUUAAUGGAAUAAGUAUAGUAUAUAUGUACAGUUACCAUCAGUUUGGUCUUGCACAGUGGUUGGCAUACUGUUUUCAGCUGUAUUUGUAAUUUUUAUGAUAGCAGAAAUAAUGUCCUACCCAUACACAGAAAGCUGAUAGUUCUCUUAAAAUCUGCAGAUUCUUAUGAUAGACCAGACUUCAGGCUGCUGAUUUUAAUUUUUCAUAACUUUGAGAGCCAGUCAACUUAAAAGAACUGCAUACUUACAUAUUAUUUUUAUUAUUGCUCAAGUAACUUAUCAUUGAAAACUGGAUUCAUCCUCCUACCAUUUAUUAUACUAUUUAUAUGUGUCUAUACACAUGCACCAUGCUGCUGGAAAAAAAAAUCUAUACAUUAAGCAAUAUUACCAGCCAUUCAACAAUAAUUGUUCCCACUCUCCAAGCACUCCACCACACCCUUCCAAACCUUGAGCCUUUCCUGUUUUCAUCAUUCUUACUGUCUCCUACAAUUCCUUCUUUGUGAUCAUUGAAUCAUUUAAAUUCCCAAAUGCAUUAAUUCAUUGUUUUGUUCCAACUGCAAGCCUCUCAGACUACCUAUCCUCCUCUGAAUUCAGUGAUCCUUCAAAAUAUUCUGUCUAUCUCUUUCCUACAGGAUCUGUCUCAAUCAACAUCCACAUUGCUCUCACCUGUCCCUGAUACUUUCUUUCACAUCCUCUUCAUCUCCUUCCAGAACAUUUCCCUAUUCAGUUAAAACUUUUUGUCAUCUUCUUACUUCACCUCUCAUCCAAACUCACUUUUGCAUCACUCACAGCUUAAGAAAUGAAGUUAAGUUGUGAAUGUACAUAGUAUAUAGGUGGUUGCCUUGGCUACUCUCAUUUGAGGGAGAGGUCAGCCUGGCAUAAAGAUAGAUAGGUAUAUAGAAAUCUUAUGUGUCUUUGUAAGGAUUUGUAAAUAUAUACGAUAUAUUGAUAUAUCAAUACAAGAUCCUUUCAAGCAGUA